GCUUGCAGUUCGCGUGGUCACAUAAUAGCAAGCAGUAUUUUUAUUCACAUUCACACUUUAGUAGCGUGUUGUACGUUUAAAAGGAACGACGUAUGUUACCACCUUUCACAUUCAAAUAAAUUAAAGAAAGUUUUAACUACAAACGCUGUGAAUAAAUGAUUGGGAGAGUUAUUCCGUUUGUUAAGUUUAGUAAAAUAUUUUAAACAGAGGAAUACAUUAAGAUGGUGGUUAUCGACAAAUUAUUAUACUUAUUAACAAGUUUCUUGGUUGUGUCUAGCAGUCCAUAUAAGAAAUACAACCAAAAUUUAACACAAAUAGGUUUAAAAAUACGACCUGUAAAGGAAACAGUUGAAUCCAACAUAAUAUCCGAAAGUCAAGUGAAAUACUACAAUUCACAGGAAAAUCAGGAUAACACAACGAUAAGAAGAGCUGAACAGGACAAAUUUUUACAUUACAUAUGGAAUUUAAUGGAAAUGGUAGGAAAUAACUUAUCUCCAAGGCCGUCAAAUCCACAUUUAUUUACUACGUUAAAAAUUAUGUUAAUACCAAAAAAUCCUUCCGGAUCGGGAAUAAGCACCACAAAUAAACGUCCAUAUGUGGUUCCAAACCCAGAAAGAACACCCUCCACCACAAAAGCAGUAUACACGACCUUAAUACCAGUAUCCACAACUUCGAUACCAGUAUCUACGACCUCAAAACCAGUAUCUACGACCUCAAAACCAGUAUCUACGACAGCAAAAUCAGUAUCUACGACCACGGAAAGAAUAUUCACAACCCCACAAGUAAUAUCUACCACCGAACAAUAUUACGACGAUGAAGACACUGGCAGACCAGUAAAGUUUAAAGAUACAAGACUAUUUGAUUUAGAAAAUAUGCAUAAAUUUUCGAGAAAAAUGCCAGAAGUCGAACAUGGCAGUAUCCAAUAUACAAUAUAAGACGGAGUCGCGGGCAAAAGCUAUUUCGAUGGUAAAUAAAUGGAUAUGGACAAUUGGGCGACCACUAGUUAAUUUACAAAUUUGCAUUCAAAGCUGAGCGUGUAUCCAAUUCGGUCAGCAUCAUAAUGCUUAUUAUAAUCUUUUAUUUAAUUACACUUUUUUUUCCUACUUAAA